ACCGAUUCAUAAUGUUUGUAAACCCUCCAGAUGAUAUGAAGAUGCAUUGGCCAGAAUUGCAGGGAAAGGAUGUGGAAGAAGCACGCAAAGUGAUUCAGGAAGAAUGCCCUGACGUUCAUAUCCAGGUUUUGGGCGCAACCUCUCCUGCUACGAUGGAUUACCGCCUCGACCGCGUCCGUAUUAUAAAGGAUGAGAACAACAAAGUAAUGAUGGCAAAUCGUGGCUUUCCUGUUUGUUCUAUACCACUCUCGAAUUUUAAUCUCUUAGUAUGCAGUACGGUGACCACCGUCUCUAUCUGUCUGAUCCUCCCAUCAAAAACAUGA